AUGCUGUGGCUGGAGCAGAGGCCCGGGGCUGAGCUCACCCACCAGCUGGUUGUGACUUUGCUGCUGCCGGUCAGCAGCUCCGUCCCCUCCAGCCUUCUGGAGAAAUGUCGGGCGGCCGGGCCUUGCUCCUGCGCAGCCCAGGCCGUCCUCCCGAAGGACACCUCUGCUCUGGUCCGCCUCACCCUGGGCAGGCGGCCUCUAGGGGAGGCGGUGGCUGUCCCCGGGCCUGGCCCCCUGCUUGCAGCCCAGGCCCUCGGGCCGCUCUCCCCUGAAGACAGGAAGGACCAUGCUCGGCGUGUGUGGCAUCCUGGCGUCAGCUGGCUCCAGGAGCCAGCUGUGGUGCUGGCCCCGAAGCUACUCGAGGCUGGGCAGGUCCAGUCCUGCCAGCCAGCUGUGGUGUUGGCCCCGAAGCUGCUCGAGGCUGGGCAGGUCCGGUCCUGCCAGCCAGCUGUGGUGCUGGCCCCGAAGCUUCUCGAGGCUGGGCAGGUCCGGUCCUCCCAGCCAGCUGUGGUGCUGGCCCCGAAGCUGCUCGAGGCUGGGCAGGUCCGGUCCUGCCCCCUCUGCCACAGGCACUGCCCUCUACAGCUGAGUGAGAUGCUCGAGUAUCGAGGCUGCGGCCCUCAGCCCAUCACGGUGGCAGGAGGGGGCCAGGGUCACACCGCUGGGCCCGCCUCGUGCGAGGCCUAUGGUGCAUCGCUGGGAGUGGGCACUUGGGCCAUGGUGGCCGUGAGGCUCGGCCUGAGCGCCCCUUCUUCAGGGAGACCUCUCCUGGCCCGCGCCCCCCAGGCCUCAGCUCAGGACGCCCUGCACCCCAGCAACUUCCAGAGCCUGUGCUGCUUAAAUAAUGAGACGUGGUUUCUUCCCUCGGACAGACGCUCCCGCGCGUGCAAGGGAUGGCUCGCGGAAGCCGCUGUGCCUCACGGGGAGCUCACUCGGCGCUCUGUGAGACCUGCAGGGCGGGCGGCGGAGGCUCUCGACGGAGCGGAUGCGUGCAUGCUGACGGCUGAUUCACGCUGCUGCACCGCGGACUCUCACAUGGCAAAUUGGAGGAGACAGUGUGGACACUCCUGUGCUGGGCGUGCCGGGGGAGUGCCUCCGUUCCCUUCCUACACCUCCGUCUUCUGGCCAGAAGCCUCUGAGACGCUCACUGUCCCACCGUGCGCCCUGGGGGAGCUGCGGCACGGGAGGCGUGUCUGGGGCGUGGCCACUGCUGGUCUGAGCGGCCACGCGGUCUGCUCCGGAAGCCUCGGCCAGCUCGGCUCUCCCUCGAAACGGGUAGAGAACCAAAAUCAGAGGUGCCGAGUGCGGGAGAAUGCGGGCGCCCGGAGCGCUGGUCCUGCUCGGGGGAGCGGGAGCGGCGCCCUGGCAGACGGGCAGCUUCGCAUCAGCGAGAAACACCUGCGCGUGGCCCGCUGCUCCGCGUCUGGGCGUUUAGCCAAGAGGAGUGGGCCCGCGGUUUCAGCAAGGCCUAGGACGGCUGUCUCAGUCCACCUGGGCCGCGGUAACGCAGGCUGCAGGCGAGGCGCUUGGACCACGACCUCCGCUCUCGCGUCAGGAGGCCGGGCGUCCGAGCUGGGGCCCGCAGGUCACGCGUCUCGGAGGGACGGCUUCCUCAGAGACGCUGGCUUUCACUCCGCGUCCUCACACGGAGGAACCAGGAUCACGGAUUCCUGUGGGGUUCCUGUGAGCGGGCACGCGGUGGUGCCCCUCCGCUGUGGAGCUGGGGCCAGAGCCUCCGCACCCCCGCCCUGUGAUUCGGCGGGACCGGGGGUGGGGCCCCCACGCCGGGGAGCAGACGGUGUGCCAGAGCGCAGCCGGGGCGCUGAUGUGGACGCCAGCUAA